GUUCACCUCCAAUCUGGACACCAGACUACAGAACCAACUGACUAUACACAGAAUUGCAAUGCGAUUGGCCAGUUCUGUUCCACGGGCCCGUCGGGCCGCCAAGGAGGAGGAAGAGCCUGCCCCGCCCCCACCCCCACCUCCUUCACACCACUCGAACCAUAACUUCAUGAACAUGAAGAACAAGUUCUUUAACGAGCUGACCCACAUGCCAAACCAUAAACUGAAAAUGCCCAUGUGGGCGAUAGGGGCCAUCGUGGUGGUGGUACUGGCCCUGGUGGGGUGCCUGGGCUUCUGCAUCUACAAGAAGUGCAUCAACAAGGGCAAGAAGCCCAAGAAAGUCAGGGAGAGGAAGGGUGGAAGAGGCAGGAGAAAGAAGGACAAGGAUGGAGAGGAUGGCGAAGGGGGUGGGGAGAAGAAGGAUGGAGAGGAAGAGAAGGAACAGGAGAACUUUGGAAAACUGGAGUUUACCCUGGACUACAGCUUUACUGACAACCAGCUCGUCGUGGGCAUCCUACAAGCACAGGACCUGGCAGCCAUGGACAUGGGUGGCACCUCCGAUCCCUACGUCAAAGUGUACAUGCUCCCUGACAAGAAGAAGAAGUUUGAGACCAAAGUCCAGCGCAAGAACCUCUGUCCCGUCUUCAACGAGACCUUCACUUUCAAGAUCGCCUACAAUGAUUUGGGUGGUCAGACUCUGGUCUUACAGGUAUUUGACUUUGACCGCUUUGGAAAGCAUGACGUGAUCGGAGAGAUCAAGAUCGCCAUGAACAGCGUGGACCUGGCACAACCCCUCCACGAAUGGAGAGAUCUGGUUGGAGGAGAGAAAGAGGAGGAAGAGAAGCUGGGUGACAUCUGUAUUUCGUUGCGUUAUGUUCCAACGUCUGGCAAGCUCACUGUCAAUGUCAUGGAGGCCAAGAACCUAAAGAAGAUGGAUGUGGGAGGCUUGUCAGAUCCUUUUGUAAAGGUGGUGUUGCAGUACCAAGGCAAACGUCUGAAGAAGAAGAAGACGUCUGUGAAACAGAACACCCUGAACCCCUACUUUAACGAGAGCUUCAGCUUCGAGAUACCAUUCUCUCAGAUACAGAAAAUCCAGGUGCUGAUCACUGUGUACGACUACGACAAGCUGGGCAGCAAUGACGCCAUUGGGAAGUGUUUCAUUGGCUUCGGAGCCACAGGAGUGGGGCUACGCCAUUGGUCAGACAUGUUGGCCAAUCCUAGACGUCCUGUUGCCCAGUGGCAUACCCUGCGGCCUGAGGAGGAGGUGGAUGCUGCCCUGAAGGCACCGAUCCGCUAAGCACACACAUAAGUACCACACACACACACGUGUGACUCGUACGUGUCACAUAUGUCUUAUAUGUCUGUGCACAAGCACAGACAUUUAAAAAAGAUCUCAAGCAUAAACCUCUACUGAACAUCAAAUGUACUGCAAGGAUAAACGUACUAUGAACACACUGAAAACACCAAAUUUUCUUUUUGUGUUUUUUUUUGUGAUGCACAUCAGCUCUCUGCAGGCUUCUCCUUAUGUUCUGCUCUCAAAUGUUAUAUUUUAUUUUUGUGACCCCUCUCCCCAAAACAUAACCUGUUGCCCAUUUAGUUAUUUGUUUUUACCAAUUAUGUGUUCAAUUUCAAUAUAUAUAUAUUUUGUGUCUUGAAUGUGUGUCAACAUCUGUGCAUGUGUUUGGAGGAGAGAAUGUGUAUUUUGUUUAUUGGCUGAGGGAUGUGUGUUUGUGUGUGCAAGUCUGUCCUAUACCAUAGUUUAUGGAAAGCUUCCUCUGGUUUACCUCUUGAUUGUAACAUGGUGUAAAUAAAUAGAUGAUGAAAUCAUUCCAAACAAUAA